AUGCCGGUUCAUGAAGAGAUAUCCAUAAUAUCAAGUAUUUUCAAUCUUAGUAUCAUUGUCACCAAAGUUGUUAUUUUUUAUUUAUCAAUUUUAUUAGGUUUCAAACCAACAACGAAAUCAGUUGAAGCGAAAGAUGAAAUUUCAAGCAAAUCAAAAUUAAUAAAUGCAAAAGAUAUAUCAGAAAUUGUUUCAGUCAGUGGUUAUAGAAUCAAAGAAUAUGUGGUAACUACGAAUGAUGGCUAUUUGUUGGUAUUACAUAAAUUAGAAUCAAAAACACCAACAAAUCAAGCACCUCCAAAAGGUAUAGUUUAUUUUCAUCAUGGAUUAUUAACAUGUUCAGAAUUGUGGGUAUUAGGUUCUGAACAUAAUAAAACAUUACCAUAUUUACUAUUAGAUUUAGGUUAUGAAAUUUGGCUUGGAAAUAAUAGGGGAAAUAAGUAUUCACGUAAACAUUUAAAAUUAUCCGCUUCAAAUCCUAAAUUUUGGGAUUUUUCAUUAGAUGAAUUUAGUUAUUUUGAUAUUCCAAAUAGUUUAAAUUAUAUUCAGAAUUAUUAUAAUGAUUUACAAGAUAAUAAAAUUAUAUAUAUUGGAUUUUCACAAGGUUGUUCUCAAUUAUUUGCAAGUUUAUCGUUACAUCCACAAUUAAAUAACCAAAUUAAAUUAUUCGUCGGUUUAUCACCAGCUAUCAUACCUCAAAAUUUAUCUCAUCCAAUUUUUAAAAUGAUUGUGUCCCAAACUGCAAAUGAUAAUUCUUUUCUUUAUAGUUUAUUUGGAAGAAGAGCAAUUUUAUCAUCUGUAGCAUUUUGGUCAACUAUUUUGGGACCAGAAAUAUAUGAGAAAAUAGUAGAUAAAUCUUUAAUUUUAUUAUUUGGAUGGAAUGGUGAAAAUAUUUCAAAUCCACAAAAAGAAAUUGGUUAUCCUCAUUUAUUUUCGAAUAGUUCGGUGAAGUCCCUACUUCAUUGGUUUCAAAUAAUAAAAGCAAAUAGAUUUCAAAUGUUUGAUGAGACAUGUAGCACUGGAUUAACUAAAUUAAUGAAUUUAUCUAAAAAAUCAAAAAUUAUAGGUAAUAAAACUAUUCCAUUUCCAAUUACAGAUCAUUUAAAUGUUCCAAUGUAUUUAUUUUAUGGUGAUAAUGAUAUUUUAGUAGAUAUUGAAAGAAUAAAAAGCUUGAUUGUGGAUAGUAAUCAUGCAAUGAUUAAUAAACUUGAGGUUAAUUUAUGUCAAGGUUAUGAACAUAUGGAUACAUUAUGGGGAAAUAAUGUUUACGAAGAUGUAUUUAAAAGAAUUAUUGAUAAAUUAGAUAGAUUAGAUGGUGAUAAAACUUUAGUAAAUGGGAAAUUAGAGAAUUUGUUAACAAAUGGUAAUGUGGAUAAACAAGGGAGUAAAUUAAUGCAUAGAUUUCAUUCUAGAUAG